GAGAUCUGGGAGGGACACAAUAUAGCUGAUUUUGUUGAUCCGGAAAUUGAGAAGAAACUGCCUGAUCUGCUAGCUGAAGAGGAGUUGCGUGAGAAGGCGGGAGAAUACGACUCUGAUUUGGAUAGCGAUGAUGAAGAAACUAAAGAAAAACUGGAACUAGCCAAGCAGAUUAGAGAGAAAGAGAAAUUGAUGGCACUAGAAAAUCACAUGAAUAAGUCAAAAGCGGAAAGCCAAGUUUCGCGAUUGAGUGUACGUAAGCAAGAAAGAUCUAUGGGUCGAUUGGAGGAGCAGAUGCAAGAACUAGGCGUAGACGUGAAUCUCAUUCCAUUUUGGAUUUCUUGC